GAGGCAGCCAUUUUUCUGUCAAAGUGAGGUCAUGAUGUUUUUUUUUUUGGUUUUUUUUAAACUUUAUUUACGAUACAUAAAAAAAAACUCUCAAACGGCUCACAACUAUACAAAAAGAGUAUUUUAACACAGAGUGCUUAAGCAGUGGUUGUUAUUGUUGAGGCUUAAUAAAUAAAAUAUACCCAACUUAAAUAACAACAAUAUAAAGAAAUGUAAUAGAGAAAAUUAAAUAACUAAAUAAAAAAAAUAUAUGGAAAACUGGCAAAAGGAAAGAGUAAAUCACUGAUUGGUUGUAGGUGAUGUGGCAGUGCUGUGGUUAAAAUCUAUUUUAGUUCAGGCACAAAAACGCCAGGUUAGGGUUUGGUUAUCAAGGUUGGAUGUAAACGAUCACUCUCGCGAGACAUUUCGCCUGUCGUGCGUUACCAGGUUACCACCCAUGGUGCCGCAUGACCACGAUCCUGAUAGAACAGUCGCCAUUUUGAAGAAAGAAUAUUAACUAAAUGUACAAAUGAAAUAAUUACUAAAACCCAGUUUAAUCAACAAAACGCGUUGGUGUUCUCCGUGAUCUUUUUAAUAAUAUAACUAUACAGUACAAUCAAGUUGAAUAAAGGGAGUAGUUUAAAUUCUGAGCUCCCAACUUGAGAGGAACGCCAUUAUGCCCUUGAGUGGAGAGAGGAGGUCGGUUAUCCACCAUUUUGUUUAAGCAAAUACGGAGGAAAACGCUGGCCAUGACGUAAAAAACGUCACCCAGUAUAAAAGUUAAGUCCCUCCUUUCCGAGCUCAUUCCUGGAUUUGGUCAAAGGUAUGAAUUUGCUUUGCCGAAGACUGAAUCGUCGAGGACUUUGAACAACUCUACUCUAAUUCAUAUUUUUUUCUUCAAGUAAUGGACAUUUGAUUACUAUUUUUGCCUCCAGUUUGUUCCUGAAGGAAAGGCUAGCCUUUAGCUUUCACAGCCCCACCCAUAAGAAGUAUUUCAGUUGAUAUUAAAACCCUGAAGGUUGACGAUAUGAAGUUGAUGAAAUAAGAGAUAUAAGUGCCUGAAAAGCACACUCUAAUAUACCCGAGGCGCUGAGGAUCUAUAUUAUCAAUAAUAUGGCCGGGGGACCAGUCGACCCCAGGGAGAUCUUGAAGGGGAUCGAGGCUCUGUUGGGAAAAGAUGGAGAGCUCCGCAGCCUGGAGGGAGUCCCAAAGGUUUUUAGCCUGAUGAAAGCUUCUACCAAGAUGGUCAGUAGAUGUAUGUAUCUUAACAUCCUGCUGCAGACGAAAUCCCAUGAUGUGCUUAACAGGUUUAUCAGGGUUGGAGGAUACAGGCUGCUCAACUCCUGGCUCACCUACUCUAAAACCACCAACAACACCCCCUUGCUGCAGCUAAUUCUGCUUACACUCCAGAAGCUGCCUCUCAAAGUGGACCACCUCAAACAGAACAACACAGCCAAGCUGGUGAAGCAGCUGAGCAAGAGUGCAGAUACUGAAGAUCUGAGAAAGUUAGCGUCCGUGCUGGUAGAUGGCUGGAUGGCUACGAUCCGAUCCCAGAGUGUCUCGAGCAGUGGCAACUCUCCUGCCGAUAAGAAAAAGAAGAAAGAUGAGACCAAGGUAUCUGUGAGGGAUGUGAAGGAAAAGAGUGGCGAGGAGGAGCGGAAGAAGGAGAAACCUAAAGCUCAUGCCCCCAGCCACACAAAGAUUCGCUCCAUAGGACUGGAGAUGGACACUCCUAACCCGACCCCUCCUAAGAAGACACCUGCUGCCCCACAGCUUGGUGACAAGUACAACAUCAAGCCUCCAGUCCUCAAGAGGCCAAGCUCUGGUCCAUCAGAUGCUCCGCCUCUGGAGAAAAAAUACAAACCUCUAAAUACCCCUUCGAACUCAGCCAAGGAGAUCAAAGUUAAGAUCAUUCCAGCACAACCAAUAGAAUGCACAGGGUUCCUAGAUGCCCUGAAUUCUGCCCCAGUGCCUGGGAUCAAGAUCAAGAAGAAGAAAGCUGGCACCAGUACUACGCCUAACACCAAGGUCGUCUCCCCUACUUCUAACAAGAUGAAUCCGUUUGACAGCAAACCUUCUACGUAUUCUUCAUCUUCUGCCAAACCGCCAUCUCCAGAAACUGCUGCUUCCACCACACCUGCUGAUGAAAACCAGGAAGUGGAGCAACCUGGGACCCCUGUUCCAUCUGAAGACCCUGAGGUCUCUGACAAUGGAGAGAAGCCCAAUGCUCUGGCAGAACCACGUGGAGAAGAGGAAAGCUUGACCAAGAAGGGAAAGAAGAAGAAGACGGUUCACUGGGCUGAGGAGGAGCAGCUUAAACACUAUUUCUAUUUUGAUCUGGAUGAGACAGAGAGAGUCAAUGUGAACAAGAUUAAAGACUUUGGUGAGGCUGCCAAACGAGAGCUCAUGAUGGACCGACAAACGUUUGAGAUGGCCCGUCGGCUCUCCCAUGACACCAUGGAAGAGAGGGUCCCCUGGACACCCCCAAGACCACUGACACUGGCUGGCAGCCUGGUCAGCCCUGGAGCUAACAGCAAAGAGAAACUCACCCAGAGGGACCGUGAGAUGGGCAUCCUGCAGGAGAUCUUUCUCAGCAAAGAAAGUGUGCCUGACAGUCCACAUGAACCAGACCCAGAGCCUUAUGAACCCAUGCCUCCUCGUCUCAUCCCUCUAGAUGAGGACUCCUCAAUGUUGGAUGACAGUUACGGUGAGCCCAUGGACACCACGUUACAACAGGGCUCUGCCAUGGCUCAGAACGAGAGCUCCAAGCUGCCACCCGUCCUGGCCAACCUCAUGGGCAACCUGAGCAACAACUCCCGCAGCCCACAAGCCACGAACACUGUCAACAACCCAGUGGCUCCCACUGUCAAUGUACAGGAGCUGCUUUCAUCUAUUAUGGGUGCUUCUGGUAGCCAGUCUACUGAGGACUUAAUCAAGCAGCCUGACUUCUCAGACAAGAUUAAACAGCUACUGGGCUCCCUGCAGCAGACCCAGAACCAGAACCAAGGAGGACCCCCACCAGUUAACCAGGGCUUGCUGGGACACGGUCCAGGCAUGAACAAUAUGAACAACAUGAACAUGCACAUGCAGAUGCCCAUGAAUGGUGGCUAUCCGCCCAACAACCCACCUGGCGGGCCUCGCUUUAACCACCCCCCACCCCCCCAUAACCAUGGACCACCCUUCAACGCCGGUGGAGGCCCACGCAUGAUGGGGCCACCACCAGGCCAGGGCCGGGGAGAUAAUGGCAACUACUGGGGAGAUGACUCAAUGAGAGGAGGCCCCCACCGAGGGGGUCACUUCCACCGAGGAGGCCGUGGCCGUGGAGGAGAGCCAGGCUUCAGGGGCCGAGGACGAGGAGGGCCCAGAGGAGGGCACAAUAACAUGAAUGACAUGUCCAAGAGGCCUGUGUGUCGUCACUUCAUGAUGAAGGGAAGCUGCCGGUACGAAAGCAACUGUGCCUUCUAUCACCCUGGGGUAAAUGGACCGCCACUGCCCCCCAACCACCCUGCCAACAACCAACACAACCAACACAACCAACACAACCAACACAACCAGCACCCAUAGCAUGGACACUAGGCCACACUGCUGCCAACCUAUAUCUAUGGGCCUCUUGAACAGCCAUUCUCAGUGAUCAAACCUCUGCAGGCUGUUAUAAUGAGCAAGAGUCUGUCCUACACUCUGAAGUCUAUGUGUGAUCACUGUGUAGGUGACAGACCACUUCAGAACAAACAAGAGAGAGGAGAGUGAACCUGAGGGACCUCAAGGCUAUGAGAUGAUCAUUGAAUGGACUGCCUGUU